UCCUCAUCCAGAGGAAACAUGGACCAAACAGCUCUGAUGCUGCUUCUGUGUCUCUGCAGCUCAGCUCUGAAGGAUGGAGAAACUGUGGGAACCUUCAGAGGAAAGGAAGGAGGAAACAUCAACGUUAGAUGUGAAUUUCGUUACUCAGGAACCAAAAGGUUCCUCUGUAAGAAAACUUGUGAAGGAAAAAACAUUGUCAUUGAAACAACUAAAGAGAGAGAUGUGAGAGGAAGAUUCAGCAUCAGAUAUGAAAAAAGAGCAACUUCAAGAUCUGAUCUUCUACAUGUGAACAUCACUGAUCUGAAACCAUCAGACUCUGGACGGUACUGGUGUCGCUCAGAUGGAACCUUUGCUGGAACUUUAUACGAUCAUUUUGAUCUUGUUGUGACUGAAGAUUCUUCAAAACCAAAAUGGACUCCAAGAACUUUUCUAGGAUCAACUUUUCUCCCUACAUCAACUCAGAGUUUCUCUCCAUCUGAAACCAUCAAACUCUCUGAGAAACCAGCUGCAGCUUCAGAUCCGCUGCUCUAUGCGGUUCUGGUUCUGGUCGUUCUGAUCGUCUUUUUAGCAGCAGCUCUGCUGAUUUUCUUCAAGAGGAAAAACUUCAGUCAACAGAAAGGUCCACCAGAAGAAACAGAAUACGCCAACUUCUCCAAGGCUAAAGAUGAUGCAGUAGAGUACUCUGAGGUUCAUUUCCUGAAAGAUGCCUCUACUCCAGCCAACAGCGCCCCCUGUGGUCGUGCAGAAAACAUCACCUACUCAGAGAUUCAGAUGAACUCUGCGAACCGCAGCGAUGAUUCUGCUCUUUACUCCAACAUUAGUUUACAGCAGUAGCUCUGCUGUUUUUAAAGCUAAAGGUUUACUGGUUUUAUUUUUUUUAGAAAUGGUAAUUGAUAUUUAUAUUUAAAUACAGAAAAAGUCAAGAAACUGAAAUUUGCUUCCAGUAAUUUUCUGUUUUCAGAUUGAAAGAACAUAAAUCUAUAAAAGUAGCAGAAAUGGAAAUUAACUAAAGUUCUCUUAAUAUUUAUAUUUUCUUAUUAUUUCAGGUUGUAUUUAAUAAUUUAAGUUUAAGAUUUCCCAUCUUUGUGUUGACUUUAAUUUCUGUUACUCCAGAAGAACCAAAUGUCUGUUUCUGAAUGUUAACGUUGUUUAGUAAAACUAAAUGCCAACAUACAGUGAAUUGUUUUACUUCUAUUUUCAUAUAAAAUGACAUACUUGUGUAAAAAUUGACAAAAAUGUUUAUAUCUUUUUAAUUUAAAGGUUUCUGAUCUCUUAUAUAAGAUUUCAGUGAAUAAUAUUUUAUUAAGUAAUUCCAAUUUCCUCCUUAUAGAUUUAUUGUUUUGCUAACAGAAUUUAGAAAGUGAAAAAGUCAACUCAUCUCUUACAUAAUUACUUAUGUAAAUGAAUAUCCAUAA